AAUUCUUGUUUGUCCUUCCUGAUUCCCCAGAUGCAGGAAAACGGCUUCGUCUUCAUCAAGCAUUUGCUAAUCGUCACCCCUCCAUCAUUUUCCUUCCACCCCUUCAACUUUUCUAGAACUCAACCCUAUUUUGCUCAUUUGCCAAGAAACAAGAGAAGUGACUUUGAAUGGACAAGAGGUUGAUUUGAUAUGUUCAUGUUGAGUUUCUCCUUUAGAGCAUAUCUUGAUCAACAAUGGAUGAGAGUAAAGGAAGAAGCUUGGUCCAAGAAAGAGAAGAGUUCAUGGUAACAGUCUUUGGAGAUGGUAAUCCGGUUCAAAGAACAGCGCGUUUUCUUCAACCCACUGGGACUUCCAUGGAUGGACUGGUAGCCCAGGUUCCUUCGCUAUCUCCUUCCUCUCUAUUUCCUGCGUUUCAGUCAUCAAAGUUGCGGUAUUUCAGUGCCUCAUUUCUGUCUUGGCAAGUCCCAACAGAGACUUGGCAAUUAUGGGUGGAUAUCUUGCAUCCCAAGUAUGAAUCUGUUUGGAAAAGAGCUGGUAUCCAUGAAGCAAUCAUGAGUUCUAGGUACAGUAUAUGGAGAGAUACUAGGCUUGUUUCUGGUUUGGCAAAGAAAUGGUGUUAUGAGACUAAUACAUUUGUAUUCUCUUGGGGUGAAGCAACACUCACUUUAGAAGAUGUGAUGAUUUUAGGAGGCUUUUCUGUUCUGGGUCUUCCUGUUUCUUUCUCUGGGCCGUUAACAGAGAUAGAAGUGAAAUUAAGAAAAGCAAGGUCUCAACUUUGUAAACCAUCAAAAUGGAUUAAGAAGUUCAUGCAAAGUGGGAGUGAAAUUGAGCAUGAAGCUUUUCUGUCUCUGUGGCUGGCCAGAUUUGUUUUCCCAGAAUCUAAACAGACAGUGGAAACAAGUGUUUUCCCCAUUUCAGCCCGUUUGGCUAGAGGGGAGAGGAUGGCUCUGGCUCCUGCAGUGUUAGCUAACAUUUAUAGGGAUUUGAGCCUUUAUACAGGAACCCUUGUUGAUUCCACUUCCAUUGAAUCCAGUAGAGAUGGAGAAGAAGACCAUUUCCAAGGACUCAAGCCUUGGUCUCCUCUUCAACUGGUUCAACUCUGGGCAUGGGAAAGGUUCCAAGAAUUGCAGCCAAAGCCUAAUGAAAUCAGAGAUGGUGACCCAAGAGCAGCUAGAUGGGAUAAAGUGAGAUGUUUGAAACGUCGGAAGGUGCAAAUGGAUCUGGAUUUUGCAGGUGAUAGUUUUCACUGGCGCCCUUAUGCUUCACUUGUUGAUAACUGGUUGUUUCCCAAGUUCUACAAUGAGAAUCAAGCGUGGGUAUGUGUUGAAUCAGGAAUGGAGGAAGAGCUACUUUCUUUUGCUUAUUGCUCGAGGGUUUGUGAGCUUGUUGGGCCUAGAUGUAUAAAACAGUAUCUCCCACAUCGAGUAGCAAUGCAGUUUGGGAUUGAUCAGGAUCUUCCCUUUCAUGUGGCUCGAUGUGCUGAUACUCAUGAAAUUGCUUGGAAAAAUUACACUAGGCCAUUUGGUGUUCAAAAAUUAUAUAUACCAUCUAGAUUCUUUGAGGCUGGUGUUACAGUUCGAUACAAGGGGUGGUGGAAGCAGUCAGUGAUGAGUCAACUUGAUGUUAUGAAGGGUGUUGUAGUCAGAAAGAAAAGAUCAACUCUUGUUCCAUGGGUUUUAAAAGAAAACGAAGAAGAUAACAAUGGUGGUGUUCCUCUUAGUUUUCCCCCCAAAUCAGAUAACCAUGGUGAUGUUCCUCCUGGUUUUCCUCCCAAAGCAGAUAAAAAGGAUGAUUUUCCUCCUGGGUUUCCUCUCAAAUCAGGUAACAAUGAUGAUUUGCCUCCUGGGUUUCUAUGUGUUUCAAAGGAAAACAACACAGAUAACAACGGUGAUGUUCCUCCUGGUUUUACUCCCAGAUCAGACAACAAUGGUGAUUUCUCUCCUGGAUUUCCUCCCAAAAGUAAAAUGGUUAAAGAUGUCUACUUGGCUUCUGCUACACGACAAUGUGAAGAUACGAGUAAUACAAGUCAAGCUAGUCAAAUACCAGAUGAUGGAGAAGGUAGGAAAAUGCUGUGGUUAAUUGAGGCAGUUGAGAAGACUGUGGAAGCCAAAGGGAAUAAGGAAGAAGCAGCAAGAUCCAUGGAAAAUGCAGAAGGAAACAGAGAUGAAGAUCCACUUUGUACUACAGAGAAGUUGGAGGACAGAAAUGGAGAAGAUAACAUUGAUGGGACUGAUUUGAAUCUGAUAUUUGAGCUUGAAGCUCGUGUUGCUAGGCUUGAGAGGAUGUUGCCUGAGAUUAAGGAUGCAAGAAUGAAGAACAGGUAUGAGAAGAAAUGUGAAUUUUCUUGAGCUAAUCUAGACUUGUGCAAGAAUAUCAUGCACAAUGGUAUACACCAUUAUGCUGCUGCCUAAAUCAAGUGGAGACUGUUGGAUUAAACUUUUAAUAUUGGAGUUACAUGUUUGGUAUCUAAGAAUUUCUUCAAAUAAA